AUGUAAAACUUGCUGUUUUUUCGAACACCAGUUAUCUUCUCCAAUAAAUAAACCCUAAAUCUUGUUUCUCCAUUAACAACUAUCAAGAAACCAUCAAUGGGGAUCAAGAACCAAACUUUUCUUAUCUUUCUUCUUUUCACUUUCUUUACACUAUGCUCGCAAAAUCUUGCCCACCAAGCACAGUACUUUUCCACCAUAACCGGCGGUUCUUGGGUUCUUCUUCAAGAAAGCAUAGGCGUCUCGGCCAUGCACAUUCAAGUCCUCAAAAACAACAAGAUAAUCAUAUUCGACAGAACCGAUUUUGGCAUCUCUAACAUCUCUCUACCAAAUGGCAAGUGCCGUUACAACGACAAAUACGUAAAACCUAAAGAUUGCAGUGCACAUUCUGUCUUAUACGACAUUGCUACAAACAGUGUUCGUCCUUUAAUGAUUUUAACAAAUACCUGGUGCUCUUCUGGCUCCGUCGACGCACAAGGCACUCUUAUCCAAACCGGCGGCAGCAGUGGCGGUGAGAAAGUGAUUCGUUCAUUUACUCCUUGUGAUGAUGAUUCUUGCGACUGGGUCGAGCUUUCUAUUCCUCUUUUAAGCCGAAGAUGGUAUGCGAGUAAUCAGAUACUUCCUGAUGGAAGAAUUAUCAUUGUUGGAGGUAGAAGGGUUUUUACGUACGAGUUUUAUCCAAAGGAGUCUGAAAUAAGUGACAAUGUACUUUUCCCUUUCUUGGUCCAAACCAGAGACCCAAAAGAAGAAAACAAUCUUUAUCCCUUCUUGCAUCUUUUACCAGACGGGAAUCUUUUCAUCUUUGCUAAUAAUCGAUCCAUUUUGUUUGAUUAUACAAGAAACGAGGUUCUUAAAGAAUAUCCAGUUUUGCCUGGUGGUUCUAGAAACUUCCCCUGUACUGGCUCUUCCGUGUUGCUUCCACUCCGGUUAACCGGAGGAAUUGAUGUUAAUAAAAUACCGGAAACAGAGAUUAUGAUAUGCGGCGGGUCCCGGCCCGGUGCUUACACUAAGGCUUAUACGGAGCAUGUUUACGUGGAAGCAACGAGGACUUGUGGUAGAUUAAAAGUUUCGGAUCCGAAACCCGAAUGGAUCAUGGAGCUUAUGCCAAUGCCUCGGGUCAUGAACGAUAUGUUACUAUUACCUACUGGUGAUGUUAUUAUCAUCAACGGUGCCGCUAAUGGGACCGCAGGUUGGGAUGUUGCAGUGAAUCCGGUUCUCUUUCCGGUUCUAUACCUUCCAAAAGAAGUUCCGACCCGGAGAUUCGUGGUGAUGAACCCGACAAAUAUUCCAAGAAUGUACCACUCAACAGCAGCGCUUUUGCCAGAUGGCAGGAUAUUAGUGGGUGGAAGCAAUCCACACGCAAGGUACAACUUCACAGCAUAUCCGUACAAGACUGAACUUAGUUUGGAAGCGUUUUACCCGCCUUAUCUUGACCCAAUGUACACCGUUUUCAGACCUUCGAUUUUGACAGUGGAGUCAGUGGAGGGAACGGUGUCGUACAACGAGAUGUUCUCGGUAACGUUCGUGUUGAAAGUUUAUCGUUCAGAUUUGGGGAUUUCUGUAGUGCUGAUUGCGCCGUCGUUUACUACGCAUUCGUUUGCUAUGAAUCAGAGGAUGGUGGUGUUGAAAACGAUCAGUGUGGAACAGCUAUCAGCAUUUGGAUAUAAGGUCAACGUGAUUGGGCCCACAAAUGUUAACGUGGUCCCACCUGGGUAUUAUAUGUUGUUCUUGGUCAACGCCGGCGUUCCUAGCCAUGCUGUUUGGGCUAAGCUGAAGUGAAUAGUGAAUUUACUAUUUAGUGGAAAUUAUGAUAAUUGCUGGUUUUUCCUUUUCCAAGAAAAUUGUGAAAAUGUAAUUUUUGUUUGAGAAUAGAAAGAAAGUGUAAUAUGAAUCUCAUGUAAACCGUAAGCUAUAGCAUUAGCCAUCAAUUUGAAUGUCAAUUUUAAGGAAUGAGAUUUAAAAUUAAAAUUUAAAUCGUAAAUCUCAAAAUUAAAGAGAUUAAUAAUGUCAAAACUUUUGGUUUCACAGUA